AUGGGGAUCUUGUACACAAAUGUAGAACGGUUGCUGGGGGCAUGUGAUACGUGGAAUCUGUCUAUCAGUCUCACGAAGAGCUUUUGGGGGUGCCUCAAGGUCGAUCAUUUGGGACAUCGAGUGUCGAUGGAUGGUCUGGAGGCUCAGCCAAAGAACUUGGAGUCGUUAAUUAACAUCCCGUUUCCUAGCACGCUGCGAGCUAUGCAAUCUGUUCUCGGGAGCUUGAAAUACUACCGCCGUUUCAUUGAGGACUUCGCGGUGUACGCCGCGGUGUUGUAUGAGUUAAAAGAAUCGGGUAUAUUCGAGAUCGGCCGAUCUCAGCUUGCAGCAGGAGACGAAUGCUCCAACGAGGGUCGAUGGACGGAAGCCAAGGUUGCUUUCACUAUGCUAAAAGCUAAGAUAGCUACAGCUCCCAUGCUCAAACAUUUCGACCCAGAUCGCCCUCCCGUAAUCGUGGUCUACGCUAGCAAGUGGGCUGUUUCAGCAGCCCUGAUACAGGAGUACGAUGGCGUGUACCAUCCGGUGACGUUUACUAACCGCACUUUAAAGCCCAAUGAGCUUAACUACGGAACGGUGGAAAAGGAAGUGCUGGCGUUACUUCGUGUUUUGAAUGUAUGCUAUGCUACGCUCGCCUCGCGGGAGAUCACUGUGCUGACCCGACAUUCUACAGGUGCGAAAAAAGGAGAAGAAGAGAUUUUGGGCAUGUUAGCAGCGAGUAUCACUCCGAGAGGAGAAGUGGAAGAGAUGCUGAUUGCGAUCUCCCCACGAAAAGACUGUCGACUCAAAAUAUCGACGCCUCCUCCAACGGUGGAAGCAGAUGAGGAGUUGCUGGUGGCCAGUUCCAAUGGAUCGGCGAGGAUAAAAAAGAAAGGAGGGUCGUACAGUGCUGUGAUAUGGAGGUUACCGGAGUGGACGAUCGUGGCGGCAGAAUCCAGAUACGCUCUCGACAUCACCGUAAAUGAAGCUGAGUAUCAUGGCUUGCUAUUAUAA